AUGCCUCGAAAUAAAAUAUCGGAUAAUAUCGAAGGUAUCGUCAAAUAUAUUUUGACGAAAAAUUAUUCAUACUAUGUGAUCCAGCAAGAACUAGCACGAAUGAAUUUGAAUGUAUCGAAAAGCACUAUCAGUCGUAUUGCUAAUAAGGUUGGAAAACAACGGCAAUUAUGUUUAUUGAAUAGUGAAAAACCAAAGUUUCAUCGUCGUCGUCAUAUAGCAACACCUUCCAUAGUUCGCCGUAUUACAUCAUACAUUAAUCAAGAAAAUCCCCUAACCGUUUCUUUAAUGGCUGCAAGAUGUCACAUUAGUGUUGGUACCACGUUUCGUACUAUUCGUGAUAUUAUCGAUGCAAGAUGUCGUAAAAAAACGCCAGUACACCGACUUUAUCCAGCUAUUAUUGAAAAUAGAUGA